AUGAGCGCUAAAAAGCAACGUCUGCAAACCUCCCUUAGUUUUUUCACCUCCUACACAAUCGAAACGUCCUCCACAUCAUACUACUAUUGGCUGGGAGUCAUAUCUAUCUCGGUACUCUACAACUGCAUUGUCUUGCCGAUGCGUGCCGCAUUCACCCGUUUCCAUGGAAUGUGGCCCAUUGCGUGGCUCUGUCUUGACUACUGCAUCGACUUCCUCUACCUCUUGGAUAUUUGGGUGGGAAGCAGAACAGGAUACCUCGAGGAUGGUCUGGUAGUGCGGGAUGUUUCCAAGUUAAGGAAUGCCUAUAUUACAAAGACAGACUUUAUGUUGGACAUCUUUAGCAUUGUUCCGACCGAUUUCCUCUACUUCUCCUCAGCAUUCACGCACUACUCAGCCUGGCUGCGUUUCAAUCGUUUGCUCAAGAUCUACAAGCUGUUCGAGUUUACCUCGCGUACAGAGACCAGAACCUCGUUUCCAAACGUCUUCCGUGUAGCAACGCUAACAGCCAACAUUCUUAUCCUGAUCCACUUCAAUGGUUGCCUCUAUUAUGAGGUCAGCAAACGGACAGGUGCGUUAGGUUGCUUAUCUCUUUGA